AUGGACGCCCCUGGCGCACACAACGCAAACGGGGGCUCCGAGAAGGGCCUCUCAGAGCACGAAACCCCCACCACCCCAGACCGACCCCCAAGACCCAAGCCCAACAACCAGAAUCGACGUCAUCGAGGGAGCGAGGGCAGUUCCGAGGAAAGUGAUAACCAAGAGGAAGAUGAUGAUAAUGGGGAAGAAGAAGAAGAAGAAGACGGGGAGGAGGAGGAGGAGGAGGAGGAGGAGGACGACGACGACGACGACGACGACGACGAAGAGCCUCGAUUGAAAUACGCCUUUCUCACUAAACAUCUGGGAUCGGUGUACCGCAAUGGGGACGCGACCAGUGCAUUCCUUGUUGCGGGCGAUAAGAUGAUCAUAGGAACUCAUAAUGGAGUAGUCCAUGUUCUGUCCUUGCCUCUGUUGCAGCCGCUCCGUGUAUACCAGGCACAUUCAGCAAGUGUAACAUCCAUAUCUGUGUCGCCUUUUCCGCCUCCUGUGCCGUCUUCUAGGCCCGAUGCCUCUUUCCAGAAAAGCGCAGAAGAUCCUCGCCCUCUAACGCGAACUUCUACAGCUUCAGGCAGUAUCCGUGGCCCGCCAAGGUCGAAUCAGCAUGCGCCUGUCCCGCUUAACCCAUCGAAUUCGAUCUACAUUGCGUCAUCUUCAAUCGACGGAAACGUAUGUAUAUCGUCUCUCGCGGACCCCAAAGAUAUUCUCAAACGAAAUUUCGGUCGGCCUGUUCAAGCAGUCGCACUAUCUCCGAACUACAAACAUGACAGGACGUUUCUAUCCGGUGGCCGUGCUGGCGAGCUGAUAGUAACCACGGGAGGCCGCAUUGGGGCAAGCUCCAAUGCAACUACAAUGGGCGGUGCUACCGCCGCAGCAUCCAGUUGGCUAGGAUCGAUGGGCCUUGGCGGAAACAACAGCGGCAAGGAUACCGUAUUGCAUAGCGGCGAAGGUGCUAUCAGCACUUUGAAGUGGUCUUUAUCGGGUAAAUAUGUUGCAUGGGUCAACGAAGAAGGAAUCAAGAUCAUGCGUUCUAAUCUGCAUCUGGAAUCCUCCGAGCUGGAAUUUGCAUGGAAACGGAUUAGCCACAUCGAUCGGCCCAAUGGCCCUGGCUGGGAAGAAAUGGCUGGCGUUUGGAAAGCACGUGCGGAAUGGAUCGAUAAAUCCGCCUUGGUGGAUCACGACAACUUAGAUCCAGAGGAUCACUCAAUACGGCCGCAACCUACAUCCGCAAUGCCAACCGAGGAUAUCGAGAAGCUUAUCGUCGGUUGGGGAGGCACAGUCUGGGUCGUUGAUGUCUACCCAAACCGUGCAAGCAAAUCGUCCAAGGGUGAAAAGUACGGCUCUGCUGAGGUCGCUACGAUAUUGAGGACGGAUUGUCUGAUAGCUGGAAUUUCAUUGUACACACCUCGGCUUAUUGUUGUCCUUGCAUAUAUGGAAGCCGAGGGUGAUUCUUCAGAUGAUGUUACCACCAGCCCUGGGAGACGCCACCGCCAACGCGGCCUAGAGCCAGAGCUCCGCAUCAUCGACAUGGACACGAAGGAAGAACUCAGCGCUGACACUAUCUCGGUUGGCCGAUUUGCAGGUCUGUCUGCUUCGGAUUAUCAUUUAAGUGUUCUACCGCCCUGGAAAGUUCCCGAGGGGCAGGUAGCCCAGCGAGGUACUCUUGAAACUCUGGGCCACGGUCUCUUAGAUGCGACCAUGUACCCUGCACGGCUAUUUAGCUCUGGCGCCAGCAUCCGAAGCACUACCAGUAGUGGAGACCAAUGGUCCGGUAGAGUGCCCCCUUCCUUUGGUUCGAAAGGCCCGUCUAUCAACGAGCCACCUUCUAGCGAGAUCCAAGACGUUUCAGGCGCCCCAGGCGCCAAAAUCUUUAUUCAUAGCCCCUUCGAUUGUGUCGUAGCUAUGAAACGAGAUGUCACUGACCGACUGGCAUGGUUGGACUCGCGUGGUGAAUACGAAGAAGCAUGGAACCUGCUGAAUGAGCACCCUGAGGCUGCGGGCUCAGCUCAUGAUCUCCAUGAAGCAUCUUCUGGGCCCUCACGGCCUCAUUCAAGCCUGGGUGACUUUUUCGCAGACGACCAAUCAUCAAUAACCACAGCCGGGCGAGAAAAGUUCCUCGCAGCGGAGCAGGAAAAGGCCCGAAUCGGAGAACUUUGGAUUGAACAGCUCCUUGGAGACGAUAAAUGGAGCGAGGCCGCCGCAGUCUGCGGCAAAGUGAUCUUCAAUACCAACCGCUGGGAACACUGGGCAAAGGUGUUCAUCGGCAAGGGAAAAUAUGAUGAGAUUACACCAUUUAUCCCGACUGACCUGCAUGCCAUGCUACCGGGUGGCAUUUAUGAAGACGUGUUGAGUCACUACGUCUCGCGAGACCUAACGCGAUUCAAAAAGUUGGUGGAUUCGUGGCCGUCUGACUUGUUUGAUCCGGAAAAUGUUACCGCAACGAUCCAAAACCAACUUCAAUCUAGUUCAGUCCAAACCGGAUCUGAUGAUUGGCGAGUUUUGACAGCUUGUCUCGCCAAACUGUAUCUCGUUGGUGGGCAUUAUCAAGAGGCUGUCCGUUGCUAUGUCACGCUCCAAGACGCUGAUACAGCAAUGGCUUUGAUUAAGGAACAUCAUCUCGUCGAUGCAGUGUCUGAUAAUAUCCCAGACCUGGUGAUGCUACGUGUAUCCAAGGAGCGGAUGAAAUCAGCACCAAUCUCGGAGCUUGAGGAACUGACAGCCGAGCCAAUCCAGCUGCUUGCAAGUGAGGCCUACACAGGCAUUGUGCCCCCGGAGCGAGUGGUGCAGCAACUGAGCUCGGCGAAUCGCAUCCUCUUUCUCUAUUUCUAUCUGCGUGCGCUCUGGCGCGGCGAAUCCUCUCCGCGUCAGAAGUCCAAGCCUCAAAGAGGUCGCGGGGCCUAUACCCGGGAUGCAGCGAGCAAGCUGGCCGCUGAUGAAGGAAAAGCCUUGCUUGAUCCUUUUGCCGACACCGCUGUAGAAGUCUUUGCAGAGUAUGACCGGCCUCUCCUCAUGGAAUUCCUGCAAACAAGCAUAUCCUACACGUUUGAGACGGCCACACAGAUCUGCGAACAGCGCCAUUUCACGCCUGAGCUGAUCUAUCUGUUGUCAAAGAUGGGCCAGACCAAGCGGGCCUUGAAUCUGAUUCUGUCCGAUCUCAAAGAUGUCUCGCAGGCCAUCUCCUUUGCCAAGUCGCAAGAUGAUCCAGAUCUGUGGGAGGAUCUUCUCGACUACUCAAUGGAUAAGCCGAAGUUCAUUCAUGGCCUUCUUGUGGAAGCCGGGACCGCCAUCGACCCAAUCAAACUUGUUCGCCGUAUCCCAAGUGGGCUCGAGAUCGAAGGGCUUCGCGAUGGCCUCACACGGUUAAUUCGGGAGCACGAUCUGCAAGCCAGUAUCAGCCACGGAGCAGCACGAAUCAUGCAAAGUGAAGUUGCUCUUGGAAUGGAUACGCUUCGCAAGGGACAGCGCCGUGGCAUUAAGUUCAAUAUAGCUGAAGACAAGGUAGCCACUGGGGAGAGAAGCGUGGACUCGGUGUCUCACUCGAGGCCGCAGCCCGAUACCGCCUCAGAGUCCAGUGCCUCGACUAAACGGGCCAGUCCAAGCCAAGGAACAUGCGGCGGUUGUCAUUCUCCUUUCCAGACCAACGGUAGCGAGAGAUCCUUAUUGGCUUUGCAUGCGGGCAUGUCUUUCAUAUCUCUCAUUUGCAUCCGGAUGCAUCGCAGCAUCAGUCCAACACAAGUAGCCCCGGAGACCGAACCCCCCCGGCCAUCAUCUCCCGUCGACGAACCCUUCUCCUCAACCGCCUCUCGUACCGUUGGCCCAAAGGUGACAACCGCGCGACUUCUCCGCGACAAGAUCGGCGACGGAUGCCAGAUUUGUGCAUUGAAUAAAAAGAUCGAGUCGCUCGGCACCGAAGUCGAAGUAUGA